AAAUAGGAUUGACCCUAUCUCUCUUUAUCUCAAGUAGCCACUCUGAUUCUUCCUCCUUCAUCUUCUCCCUCACUACAAUGGGCGCAACCACAGACCCAACCCUAGACCCCUCCGACGAGCAACAAAAACGCUCCGAAAUCUACACCUACGAAGCCCCAUGGCACAUCUACGCCAUGAACUGGAGCGUCCGCCGCGACAAAAAAUACCGACUCGCCAUCGCAUCCCUCCUCGAACAAUACCCUAACCGCGUCGAAAUCGUCCAACUCGACGACACAAACGGCGAAAUCAAAUCCGAUCCAAAUCUCUCCUUCGAACACCCCUACCCUCCCACCAAAGCAAUCUUCAUCCCUGACAAAGACUGCCAACGCCCCGACCUCUUAGCCACCUCCAGCGACUUUCUCCGUAUAUGGCGAAUCUCCGAUUCCGACGAAUCCCAGUCACGUGUCGAGCUCAAAAGCCUCCUUAACGGUAACAAAAAUAGCGAGUAUUGCGGUCCUAUAACCUCCUUUGACUGGAACGAAGCGGAGCCGAGGCGAAUCGGGACGUCGAGUAUCGACACUACGUGUACGAUUUGGGAUAUCGAGAAGGAAACUGUUGAUACGCAGCUGAUUGCGCAUGAUAAAGAGGUGUACGAUAUAGCUUGGGGUGGUGUUGGUGUUUUUGCUUCGGUUUCUGCUGAUGGUUCGGUUAGGGUUUUUGAUUUACGCGAUAAGGAACAUUCGACGAUAAUUUACGAGAGUUCUGAACCGGAUACGCCGUUGGUGAGGCUUGGUUGGAAUAAACAGGAUCCUCGUUAUAUGGCUACGAUUAUUAUGGAUACUGCUAAGGUUGUUGUGCUUGAUAUUCGUUUUCCGACGUUACCGGUUGUGGAGUUGCAGAGACAUCAAGCUAGUGUGAAUGCGAUUGCGUGGGCGCCGCAUAGUUCUUGCCAUAUUUGUACUGCUGGGGAUGAUUCUCAGGCGUUGAUUUGGGAUCUUUCGUCCAUGGGGCAACCGGUUGAAGGUGGGCUUGAUCCGAUUUUGGCUUAUACUGCUGGGGCGGAAAUUGAACAGCUUCAGUGGUCUUCUUCGCAGCCGGAUUGGGUUGCUAUUGCUUUCUCCACUAAGCUUCAGAUUCUCAGGGUGUGAAAAAAUGGAAAUUUGCUCUGGUGAGUCUUCAAUUGUGUUAGUAUUUUGGUUCUUUGUUGUUAUAAGGUUAACUUUUCAUUGGGUUUAAUUAGAAUUAAGAUACUUUGGGUUCGGAGGAAUGACGAGUAUUGGAUUGUUUCUGAUAAGAUACAGAUACUGAUAUUUAUUGUGACAUUCUUGUAAGCUGGAUAAUCCCAUUCUAUGUAAAUGUUAUUAGGCCUGUCAGUUUA